UUGACGAGUCAUACGUCGCCUCCCGAGAAUGUCGGAUCGUCGGGGAUCAAAGGUUCCGUCGCGGUUCUCGCACCCGGGCACCGGGAUGACGAGCAAGAUGAGCAAAAAAAUUACAGACGAUUUCCCGCAGUUGGCCAAUUUAAUGGAAAGAGUGAAACAAGUGCCGGACCAGAUCAGCGAGGCACCUCCCGCCAAAUUUGGCAAAUUUGGUGCCGGGCUCAUUCUUGGAGGGAUUGGGUUCGGUUGGGUAGCACUGCCCUACAUCAUAUCCUUCGCUGUUCAACAGAUCGUCCACCUUGAGGAGGGCUCCGACAUCAGAAAAAUUUGGAAUAACAUACCUCAGGCUUUCGAUUUUAAAAUUUGGGUGUUUAACAUCACAAACCCCGACGAAGUGCAAAAAGGCGGGAUACCGGUUGUGGCCGAAAUCGGCCCUUAUUAUUACAAGGAGUGGAAAGGAAAGGUUGACCUCGUGGAUGAUUUUGAAGAAGACACGAUAACAUAUUCUAAUAAAAACACAUGGUAUUUUAUGGAAAAGGAGAGCUAUCCUUUAACAGGAGAGGAAAUCGUCACAAUCCCUCAUGUGCCACUUUUCAGCAUGCUGCUUAUCGCCGAAGCGGAUUUUCCAGCACCCAUGUUGACGGUGAUCAACGCAGCGAUUCCAAAGAUAUUCGGAAAACUGAAGAACGUGUUUAUGAAAGCCAAGGUUCGCGAGCUCUUGUUCGACGGGAUAUACAUCGACUGCAGAGCGAGAGACGUCGUCGGAAGGACGGUCUGCGUCGCUUUGAAGCAGAACAGUAGGCCCUUAGUCAAACUGCCCAACAAUCAAUAUCUAUUUUCAGUUUUUGGGGUUAAAAAUGCAACCCCUGAGGACGUCAGGAUCACCGUAAAACGAGGAGUCAAGGAUUCCAAACAGAUCGGCAGUGUCGUCAAGUUGAACGGCAAGAGUGAAAACUCAGUUUGGCUAGGAGAAGAGUGCAACAAACUCACCGGGACAGAUUCGACGAUAUUCCCUCCAUUCAGAGGACCUGACAACAUGAGCAUAAUCGCCUAUUCGCCUGAAAUAUGCAGGAGCUUGUAUGGUAGAUAUGAAAAAGAGGGAGAGUACAAGGGAAUCAAGGGCCACAUCUACACUGUCAACCUAGGGGAUAUGAUUAACAAUCCGAAAGAAAGUUGCUACUGCCCGCGAACUGGAUGUUUGAAGAAAGGAGUUACCGAUCUUACGAAGUGCCAAGGAGCACCGCUGGUGGGUUCGCUUCCGCAUUUUUACCUCGGGGACGAGAGUUAUCAGAAAGGCGUUGUCGGCCUACGACCAGAGAAGUCAGAGCACGAAAUCACUUUCAUGAUGGAACCUAUAAGCGGGACGCCGCUUGUUGCGAAAAAGAGGCUGCAGUUUAACCUACCGGUGCAUUCCGUGAGGCAUGUCAACCUCACGAGAAAACUCAAGUCUACCCUGAUACCAAUUUUCUGGGUGGAAGAGGGGUUGGAAUUGGAAGGGGAAUUGAUGAAUUUCCUUGAAGCGAAUCUUCUGACCAGUCUGCGCCUUGCUGACGGAGUCAAGUGGACGCUGAUCGUUGUCGGAAGUGGCCUCUGCAUUGGUGGGAUCGUCCAGAGGCAGAGGAAAAAGACGAAGAAGAACCCCAGGGUAUCGCCUUCGCCCAACAAUAGUCAGGCGGAGCUGGUCCGCUCCGUUUCGCCGAUGAGCCUCAACGCAGGCCUGCUUAACAGCCUUAAGUCGUCGACUGAGAUGCUCUUGCCGUCCGAGCACCCUCACAUACCAUCGCCGCCGAUGCAGCCGGUCGACGUUUACACCUUUUCGGAAAGGCUCUACGAACGGCUUUCGCCCAAUGCUCCUCCCCUUGAAAAAUCUCAUUCGAGGUUGUCGGUCGUCAAGGAAGACGAGAAGCCGCCGAGCCGAACAGACGAAAAAGAAGAAAGCACAGCCAACCAACCGCACGGCGAAUCACCACAUAUGUGAACACUGCUCAGCAGGCUUUCCUCAUUUUUUCAUUCCACAGAAUUAUUAUCUUUUUUACAAACUAUAUAGUCUCUAGAAAUAUAUAAAUUAUCUUGAUGUGGUUGAUAUAUGGCCUUAAUAUUAUAAUAAUAAAAUAUCAGGGAUAAUGUACAUUUGGAAGAAAGAAAUAACCCAGUUCCUUUAUCAAGCUUUUCAGGAAUCCACUUCAGCAGGACUUAAAAAUAUUUUUAAUGUAUUGCAUGGUUAAUUCAAACAUAAACGGUUCCUAUAAAUCAUUAGAAAU